AAUCGGUGUGAAAUGUUUUUGCACCGCGGUAAUUUUGAUUCGCGUUUGUAUUAUUGUUCAUUAUACGGUAUAUUUGAAUAAGCGCGUUGCAAUAUUAUUAUCGCAAAGUUUCUAUUUUCAUUUUUAACGCUAAGCAUCGCCAAGUUGGCAGCGCCGAGCCACUUGUGCCGCGAAAUGCGUCAACUUCUCGUCAAUUGUCACGCGACAUCGUUAGCUGCGAUUAACACUUGGGAUUUUCAUACCGGCAUCGAUUAACUCGCGUCGAGAAGCAAAGAUGUCGAGAUAAGUAAAGUGUUUCGUUGAUAAAACAACCGAGCGUGUAUACGCGAGAUAUUACGCGUUUACGAGAGACGAUUCUAAAAUAAACACACAAAUUAUCCAAACGCUUAGAGAGGUAAAGGGAGUUUGCACGAAGGUAUCAUCCCUCUCUUUCUCUCUCUCUUUCUCUCUCUCUCUCUUGCUCUCUCUUUCUCGAAUGUCUCCCGGCAAUAAUUAAAGUUUCGCAAAGUGCAUCGUUAGGCUCGAGUACAUCUCCUCGCAAAGUUUCUAUCGGAUCUUGUAGAAUCAUCGCGCGGUGAUCGGGUCGAUCGAUAUAACCGAAGAAAGUGCGAGGCUCGAUCCAUCGAUCGACGAUCGACGACAAGCACGGGAAUCGGCGAAUCCCCGAUGACCGGGCUCGAACGCGAUCCAGGACGAUGAUCGGCGCGCGAGGACUUCUGCGAGCCGUCAAGCCGAUCGUCAUAUUUACGAUUACCAGGCAUUCGGCGUCGAGAAGGGACACGCCCUUCCCCUCGUAAUCAGCAUCCGUCAUCGACGAUCGCAGAGACGAGCGUUUGUUCGACGAGAUCGUUGCGACUGCACCUACCAGCCACCCGAGCACCACGUCCCUGGUCGAGUGUGAUUCAAAGGUUUCAAACAUAUUUCAUUUUUGCAACCUGCCAAUAACGCCAAUCAUGGAGAUACAGACUGAGAUGGCGGGAAACACGACGGUGGGUAGCACACUACUCGAUGAGGAACUUCGUCGGAUUAUACUGGAACGCGAGCAAGAAUGUAUGAAGCUGAAAGAUGCGAACACGACGCUGCCACCGGAACCAUACUGUCGAUUCACGUUUGAUGGGUGGUCCUGUUGGCCGAAUACUAAAGCGGGAUCAACCGUAUAUGCACCCUGCCCGUCCUUCAUCACCGGCUUCGACACAUCGCUGAUGGCGCAUAAAUAUUGCGAGCUGAACGGCACGUGGUUCCGGCAUCCUGAAUCUAAUCAAAUAUGGAGCAAUUACACGACCUGCGUGAAUCUACAGGAUCUGAGUUGGCAGCAGGGUAUAAAUGGAAUCUACGAGGCGGGAUACGCAAUAUCUUUGGUAGCGCUAUUGCUUUCCCUAGGAAUUCUCACGUACUUCCGAUCUCUCAGAUGUGCGCGGAUUACGCUACAUAUGAACCUAUUCACCUCGUUCGCGAUCAACAAUGCUUUAUGGUUGAUUUGGUACAGGUUUAUAGUAGCAAACACGGAUGUGCUACUUAAUAAUAACAUACCGUGUCGCGUCCUGCACACGUUCCUUCAUUACUUUCUAUUAACGAACUACGCCUGGAUGCUCUGCGAAGGCUUUUACCUGCACACGUUGCUAGUGAGCGCAUUCACCAGCGAGCACAAAUUAGUCAAUUGGCUGAUGGGACUCGGUUGGCCGGUGCCAGCUGUAAUCGUCACCCUGUACACGGCAUUACGCGCAUGCAGCGACGAUCCCGCAGACACUGAGCAAUGCUGGAUCAACGAGGGCAACUAUGUGAAUGUGUUGGUUUACCCCGUAUGUGUUUCCACCAUGUUGAAUCUACUCUUCUUAUUCAACAUUGUGCGAGUCCUCCUCAUAAAACUACGCGCCGGUCCUGCCAUCGGAACGCGCCCUUCAAGAUCCAUGCUGCAAGCUUUCAGAGCCACAUUACUUUUGGUGCCUCUCUUGGGUCUUCACUAUUUAGUGAUUCCAUUUCGACCACCGAAGAAGCAUCCUUGGGAGCAUUUUUACGAGGUCCUUUCCGCGAUUACAGCUUCUUUUCAAGGUCUCUGCGUGGCUGUGCUUUUCUGCUUUUGCAACGGUGAGGUAAUAGCACAAUUCAAAAGGAAGUGGGAUGGCAACGCCCUUUUGCGGAAACGAGCCAACUCCUGCACGGCCACAACCGUCUCGGUCCGAUGGCGGGAGAGGAGAAGGUGUGACUAUCAAGCGGCGUCGGGAAUGAUGCCGGGGGACGUCGAUUGCAAGCGGCCGAUGGCAGGCGAGAUUCACCAGCUGCAGCAGCCGCAGCAGACCGUGCAGAUGAUCACCGCAGACGGUCGCCCCGGUAAUCACGGCAACAACAAUCACGCGCGGGUGCUUAUCAAGCGCGGCGACGACGAUUCUUCCCACGACGAAUGCGAUCAGACGCAGUGUUGAUAAUCGCACCUGGGGACGAUGCACGUGCGCGGGACCACACGUAGGGAAAAUCCCCGAACCGAACUUCAUCGUCGAGUAGACGCGAUCAGUCGCUCUCGUCGAUCUGUCUUGCCGAGCUGUUUCACGAAUAGUGGUAUAAGUCAUAAAACAUAUAUACAUGUAUAUAUAACAUAAAUUUUAUACAAAUUAUGUACGAGAUAUUUUUAGAUUUAUUUGCGGGCGCGACACAAUCAUUUAGAUUCUCCGCUUUUCUCGGCAUUCUUGGGCUCCUUUGGAAAAAGGAAAGGGAGACUGUGAAAAGAAACAUGGGGUGGCAAUUGAAUUCAUAUCGAGUAUUUUCAAAAUUCUUUUUCGAAUAUUUUUUAAAACGAGGUUUUAUAUAAAUGCGACUUGUAUCACUAUUCCGUUCAUUUUUAUCCGUUCAAAUAUACCAGCAGGAGCUAAGGGGUGAUGUGGAUAAGCGUGUUUUAUCCUUGAAAGAGAGGCUUAAGUUCUGGAAUUUGCUAAGAGCACCUAAGAGCGAAGAUUAUUUUCUUAGAGAAAGAUUAAUUAACUCGCGCGAGAAAAUUACAGAUAAGCAUGAACUUCAAAAAUUUGAUUUUUGUCUACUUUAUGUCUAUUAGUAUAAAUAAUGAAGCAUGAGCGGGAUUGCGAUAAAUGUAAAUCUUGCCUGCACAAUAAAUCUUACCUAAGACGACAAAUAGAAGCGAGAUCUCUUUGGAUGAAGAGAAGAAAUCAUAUCAGUAAUAAUUCGAUCGCCAUUUUUAUAUUUUCGAAUUGCAAAAAGUUGCAGUAAAAAAUCGAUUAAUCAACAAUUACAACUCGUUUCUUCGCAAUGUUUAAAAGCAAUUAACAUUUCUUGUUGAUCAUUUUGUGCUAAAGUUCGAAUAACACAAUUUAUUUGCAUAUAUUUUAAUGCGAAAUGUAGAUAUCUUGAUCGAUUAUAUAUUCAUUUUCACGACGCAAUCAUAGUUAAAUAAUUGCAGUCAUUAAAAGCUUUAGGUAGAGUAUAAAUGUCGAUACGAUAUUAGUCUUAACUGUACCAUAGAAUAGAGAAAAUUGUGCAAAACUGUAAAAAUCACAAGUGAAACAAAUCAAAUUUUCCAAGGAUGGAUUUGUAGAUUUAUGGUAAAGAGAGAAAGUGCUUUUAAGAGGCGCUUGUAAGAAGAAUAUAUUUGCCUAAGGCGAUAGCCUUAAAAAUUCAAGAAUUUUAAGAACUUCAAAAGAGAAAGGUACCUGAGGAUCAAUGUUUCGGAUUCGGAUAUUUGCAGCUUUUGAGUCAUCGAGAGGAGCGAUAUUUUUUCGCGUAAUGGCCAAAGAAUCUCCCUUGUUUCCCUCGUGUUUGAGCGCGUAGUAAUCAUUUUCUCAUGUAACAAAAUUUUAUGUAACGUGUCAAUUGUAUAAACGGCUCUGUAUGCAGUAAAAUGUAUCAUGUACAUAUAUAGCGUGUAAUCUUGAUGGUCACGCAAAAAAAUUAAAUCUGUAAGCGGAACGAAUUCGAGAUGAAAAGGUAUUUAGAGGAUUCAAUAUAUUUUACGAAUGGACAGACAAAUAAAUGAAGCUAAUCAAUCCCGA